UUUUAGAUCAAUAAUAACCUUUAUGUGAAUGGCUUUUCCGGACAAUUAUUUAAUAAUAAAAAAUGUUGAAAAGUUCUUCAGCUAACAGUUACAUAAAUAUGCGCAAUGAGCCAUUUAUUCAACCACCAUCUAUUAUCAAAAUUGUUGAAAUUGCUGAUGCAAGUGUAUCCAAUCCGCAACCAAGUACUGGAUCAGAAAAAUCUUAUGGAGAAUUUAUAAGUGUAGAGAGAUUGCGAGAUAUCAGUGGUGUCACUGACCUCAACAACUUAAGGGAAUUAAAACUUAAAAUAGUCACAACAGAAACAAGUAUUGGAAACCUAGGUAUGAGCAUAGGUUCAAUAGCUCCUAACCUAGAGAAAUUAAAUUUGAACAACAGUUAUAUUACGUCUGUAAGAGAUCUGGGUACAAGUUUGAAUAAACUAACUACGUUAUGGCUAUCAAGAUGCUGUAUUGCAGAACUUGAUGGUGUUAGUUGCAUUGCAGCUCUUCAGGAGCUUUACGUAGCAUACAAUGAGAUUUUUGAUUUGAGUCCCUUAAGCAUGCUAGAAAACUUAGAAGUACUGGAUUUAGAAGGGAAUAAUGUGGAUGAUAUAACCCAGGUUGAAUUUUUAUCUCUAUGUUCAAAGUUAAGUACUCUAACCUUGAAAGGAAACCCGCUCGAGAAAGCUCCAACACCAACUAGUAAAAUGCGGGAUUUGAAAUUUUACUCCUACAAAGACGCUGUACUUGAAUCUCUUCCACAACUUCAGCAACUCGACGACGAGUCUUUCUUAGUCGAAAUAAUCGACGGAAAGGCAGUGAAGCGAGUCCACCCUCGAUCAACAAAUAAUAUCUACGAUGCUGACUUGAAGAUUGUCCAAGAUAGCUUAAAAGCCGUUGAAAAUGACGAGUCGAGUGAUCAAAGUGACAGUGAGUCAAGUACUUCACGACCAUUGUCAGCACGAAUGCGAUGCCAGUCUGCAAAAGUUGCUUUGAGAAAUGUCGAGGACACAUCUUUCGCCAGCCACAACAGAAGAGAGAUUACGCCACAAUUUUUAAAAGAAGAUCACUGCAGCAAAUUAACACACGGUCAAAUCAUGUGCGGGAAUCCAGUUCGCGCGUUACGUAGACGCAACAAAGACAACACGCGUGGCCAUGUGUCUGUUCGACAUGAUAAACCACAGCGGAUAUUUCAACCUGAACACACAUACUUGGAAGAAGAUGAAAAUGCUGGUGAAAAAGAUGACAUUUUGCAGGAAUUAAAAGAAUGGAGGAUGAAAAACAGAAGUUUGUUUGAACAGAACAGUCAAUCCUCAUCAGUUGGUGCAAUGUAUGAGCGAAACAGCUCACAGCCUAAACUAUUAAAUUCGACUCCCUCGCCCACUCUUUCUCCAACUCCUCCAUCAAAAGCGAGGACAAAGCGGUUAUCUCCAGUCAACCGACAAUCGUUACCAACGCUACUGCCAAAACAUGGCGAAGACAAUAGACCCCAUACUGCCGCUGAUUUCCGGUCAAGAAGAUAUCGUGGAGCAAGUCCAGACCUUGCACAAAAUUUGGCAUCAUCAGUUAAUCCAUUCAGCUGCAUUGAUGAGACCGUAGAUAGAAGUUGCCAAGUUAUAGAAGAUGACGUCAUGACUAAACGACCUGAAACCCGUGCUGCGCUUCAACUUUCGCGUUCUAAAAACACAUCUUCUUCAAAAUAGAAAUCAGUAGCUUGUCUGGUGUAUAUCAGUAGCUUGUCUGGUGUAUAUCAGUAGCUUGUCUGGUGUAUAUCAAUAGCUUGUCUGGUGUAUAAGCGAAAUCGCUUUAGUAAUAAAUUGAUUAUAGCUUGCAGACUGUUUUGACCGUUCAUAAGAUUUUUUUUGUGCAUUAUGGAUCAUUUUUCAGACUAAGAAUAAAGGUGCUUUGAUUGCAUUGAGUCACCUCUUUUAUUCAUCCUUUUCAAAAAUAAUUGUGUAAAUAAGUACAUUUAAUGUAUAUAUACUUUCAAAAAAGGUAUUUAUUUUGUUUUAAAGAUAUAUUUUCGCUGCUAAAAAAUGUAAUUAGAGAGAGAGAAAAAACUAGUAUAGUGAUAAUAUAUUUACAGUUGAA